ACUUUCUUCAAUCAUAUAUUUAACCCCAAAAAGUCUUCAAAACCGAAGUUCUUCGACAAGACGAAUCAAAUCUCCAUUUUCUUCAAGUUUGCUCGUACAACCACGUUUUCUUUGAUUUUAUUGUUUCUACCACAUGGCAGCUGUAUCCGAUCAACCCACUAGUACAUGCACUCACUGUGAUCGGGCAAUCCCUGCUGCGAACAUUGAUUUGCAUUAUGCCCAUUGCUCCCGUAACCUUCAAAAAUGCAAAGUUUGUGGUGACAUGGUUCCAAAGCAACAUGCCGAGGAACACUAUUUAAACACCCAUGCGCCGGUUGCUUGUUCGUUGUGCAGUGAGACAAUGGAACGUGAUAUUUUAGAAAUCCAUAAAGACGAAAAAUGCCCCCGAAGAAUUGUCACCUGUGAGUUCUGUGAGUUCCCUUUGCCAGCUAUUGAUCUGGCUGAGCAUCAGGAAGUAUGUGGGAAUCGAACAGAACUUUGUCACCUUUGUAACAAAUAUGUUAGACUACGUGAAAAAUACAACCAUGAAAAUAAUUGCACAAGAAUCCAAAGCAAUGCUGUGGGGACUUCAAGGAAUGUGCGGCCAGCUGAAAGAGAUAGGGGUGCUCGAAGACGGCAGCAGAAUGAUUUCUCAAGAAGACGUCUUCUUUUCACAAUAGCAAUCACUGGUAUCGCUGUUAUCCUUGGAUCUAUUUUUUUCCAGAGAAAGACAGAGCUCAGCAAUGUGCAUUAGCAGCGGAGAGGAUACAUGAUUAGUGUAAAUCUGGUUUCCCUGUAUAAUUUAUUCGCAUACAACAGAAGUCUUUUGAGAUAUAAUACUUUACCAGUGCAUGAAAACACACCGGCAUUGUCAUUGUCGUAUAUUGAGUUGUUAUGCGCUUUCUUUAAAAUUAUUGUAGUUUCAGUAUUGGAUGGGAAGAACUGCCAAGAACCAAGAGGUAAGUAUAUGAGUCAUUCCUUACAAAGGUUGCUAUUCGUUUUAAUCCUCCAAUUGUCUAGUUCGUGUUGGAAGGAACUGCGUCUCUUUUACAUCAAUGCAAAAUCGUUUUAGAUAAAGGGAAAAAUUUUAU